AUGCAGCUGCCCACCACCGACCUCGACCAGCUGAGGCCGAGGAUUUGCCGUCGAAGGUGCCCCUCGCUGGGAGAGUUGACCUGCCACCGCAUCCAGGGCUUUCCUGACGCCCCACCCGGAUGUCGUUCCGCCGACGAAUUCGCCUACGCCACCGGACGGGACCCGCUCAUCAGCGACACCGACGUCCUCUGCGUUGCACUGGGUGGCAACGCUUCUUCGGCGGUCUUUCCAUUCAGCCACGUCGUCGUGCUGAUCCUCUUCCUCCUCUACACGCUCAACCCGAUGGCC